AUGAAGGAGUUGGUGACCUUUGAGGAUGUGGUGGUGAAGUUCAGCAAUGAGGAGUGGACUUUGCUGAGUCCAUCCCAAAAGAACCUCUACAGAGAUGUGAUGGGCGAAACCUUUAGGAACAUGACUGCAAUUGGAGGACUUGGGGAUAUCCAGGAAGCUGAAAAACGAUGCAAAAUUUACUGGAGAUACUUAAGAAAUGAAAAGCUAGGGAAAUCCUAUGGACAUACAUUUUGGAAUCAGUGUAAAGAAGUAUUCCCUUGUACUGCAGAAGGUAAUGUGAAUAUGAAAGAAUCAGAAACACACCACAAUGUUCAGAUCCAUGAAAAAUAUUGCAGUGGAGAGAAAUCCUAUGUAUGUCAGCAAUGUGGAAAAGGGUUCACCAAAUCUGAACAUUUUAAGCAACAUGAAAGAAUUCACACUGGAGAGAAACCAUAUGUAUGUAAGCAAUGUGGGAAAGCUUUUAAAACACAGGGAGAUUGUAAGAAACAUGGAAGAAUUCACACUGGAGAGAAACCAUAUGUAUGUAAGCAAUGUGGGAAAGCUUUUAACACACGGGCAGGUUGUAAAGAUCAUGAAAGGAUUCACACUGGAGAGAAACCCUAUGUAUGUAAGCAAUGUGGGAAAGCUUUUACCACACAUAGAUGUUGUAAGGAACAUGAAAGAAUUCACACUGGAGAGAAACCCUAUGUAUGUAAGCAAUGUGGUAAAGGUUUUACCCAACAUGGACAUUGUAAGCAACAUGAAAGUAUUCACACUGGUGAGAAACCAUAUAUAUGUAAGCAAUGUGGAAAAGCUUUUAACACAUGGGCAGGUUGUAAAAAUCAUGAAAGGAUUCACACUGGAGAGAAACCCUAUGUAUGUAAGCAAUGUGGGAAAGCUUUUACCCAACAUGUACAUUGUAAACAACAUGAAAGUAUUCACACUGGCGAGAAACCAUAUAUAUGUAAGCAAUGUGGAAAACCUUUUACCCGACAUGGACUUUGUAAGCAACAUGAAAGGAUUCACACUGGUGAGAAACCAUAUGUAUGUAAGCAAUGUGGGAAAGCUUUUACCCAACAUGUACAUUGUAAACAACAUGAAAGAAUUCACACUGGUGAGAAACCAUAUGUAUGUAAGCAAUGUGGGAAAGCUUUUACCCGACAUGGACACUGUAAGCGACAUGAAAGUUCACACUCAAGAUAAAACCAGUGUAUAUAAGCAUCAUGAAAAAUUUUUAAGCACAAGUACAUAUUGCAUAAUGUGUGAAAAACUUCACACAGGCAGAAAACUUGUAUAUGUAAGGAAUGUGGGAAAGGUUUCAGCAGAAAUGCUCAUUGUCCAAUACAUGAAAAAAUUUACACUGUUGAGAAACCCUGUUUAUGUGAAGAAUGUGGGAAAGCUUUCACCACACAUGGAUUUUGUAAAAUACAUCAAUGACUCCACACUGAUGAAAAACCCUAUGUAUAUAACAAUGUGGCAAAGCUUUUACCACAUACAGUCAUUGCAAAACACAUGAAACAAUUCACACUGGGAUGAACCACUGGCUACGUAAGCAAGUGGAGACACUUUCAGCAGCCAGAUUGUAAGUGAAAUACGUGAAAAAGCUCACACAAGAGGUAAAUCCUAUGUGUUAUGGGAAUACUCUCAGCAGACUUGAUCAUUGUUACAUAUCUGAAAGAUAUCACUUGAUCCUAUGUGUAUUAACAGUGUGAGAAAUACGGCAAUCCAUGUUUGUUGUUAAAUACAUAGAUAAAACAGCUCUCUUCAGACAGUUUACAUCUAAGUUUACUUUAAACAUUCCAAGUAGACCUGAAGAAAUAAUCAAUACAGAAGUUUGAUGUCAAUAUUUCUUCACAAAUUUUCCAGAAAUGACAAAUCUGAAGUGGAGCUCUACUCAAGUACAUAUUUUUAUGGUUUUCAGUUAAUCACUUAUACCUGUUUAGAUUUUUUAAAGUGUCUUUGUGCUUCAAAAUGGCAUCUUGUAAUUAAACAUGAUAAACUGAAAUGGGCUUUUCACUUUUAAGUAUGGAUAGUGUCCAUGUACUUAAUAUUUUGUCUUCAAACCUUAAUUUUUAUAUUUUUGGUGAAUUAUUAUUAGUUAAAGAAAAAAGCAAAAAAUGUAGAAAUAAUACAGAAGUUCUGAAAAAUAAACAAUAAGACAUCACUAGUUGAUUAGUUACAUAUUGUCAUCUUAGAAGUAAUUGUUCAAGUUACAAAAUUAAAACAUACAAAGUGAUAGUCAAAUAAU